AUGAAACGAUCAGCAUCGCCAUCCGCCUCGGAACGCAAGAAGGCAAAGACAGGGAGGGAUCAUGCAAGGCAAUCCGUUGAGAAGGGUUCCAAGGAUUUCUCCGCCAUGCCCUCGUCGUUCCCCAGAGGAGGCACGAACAGCACAGUGAGUGAGGCGAGGAGAAAAGGAGGAGAAGAGCACUCUCUCUUCUCUGUUGGAGGGAAGUCGAAGAGGGAAACGGCUCAAGAUGAUGCCAAGAAGCGAAGGGGAAAAGCUUUGAAAGCCUCCACAGCCAGAAGGACGAAACUUCGCCGACAAGACGAGAAGAGGCUACGUCAUGUCGACCAUCAGGAGGAGGUCAGUGACAGCAUGAAGAUGCCCAAGUUUAUAGAGCCUCUUCGCUUCAAGAAACUUAAUACCGGCAUGCUUCUUUGCGGCUUUGUUAAGGAAGUGCGUCAGGCCGAUGCCACCAUCAGCCUGCCGAACAAUCUAACAGGAUGGGUAGAGAUAGACGAGAUCAGUGACGAGCUGAGCGCUGUGCUCGAGCAAGUGCUGGAGGACGAGGAGGCCGAUGCUCCUCCACUGGAAGAUUACAUCUGGAUAGGGAUGCCUGUACGCUGCGUCAUCCUGUCAACAGCUGUGCUGUCGACGGCAGGGAAGCAACAGCACAAGAACAUCUCAGUCUCGCUCAAACCCUCGCGAGUCAACUCAGCUCUGGCUCUCGAUACGCUGCACAAGGGACUGAGCCUGUAUGGAGCCGUCAGCUCCAAGCAAGAGAAGGGCUAUACCAUCUCCCUGGGAACCUCAGAAGCAACUGCCUUCCUUCCUUUCCAGGAAGUGUCAAGAGGCGAGCUCAAGGUGGGGCAGCUGCUGGAGACGUACGUGAAGAAGGUGAAGAAGGAGCACAAGCUUGCCAUCGUAAGCACACAAAGAGAGAGCCUUGAAGACUCGCUGACGAAAGAGAUUGAAAGUCUGACCCUGGACAAUCUUCUGCCGGGCAUGAUCUUCAAGUGUAAGGUCGCCAAGGUCCACGAGUCCGGGCUGGUCGUUCGCUUCCUCAACUUCUUCUUCGGCACCAUCGAUCUCUUUCACCUCCCGCUUGUUGGCUCAGGCAAGGGCGUCGAGCAGUUCAGCGAGAAGCAGGUGGUGACCGCGAGGAUUAUCUCCCUCGACGUCGGAGCCAACCGCAUCGGCCUCUCGCUUCGCCGUCACGUGCUUGACAGUCUCCCCCCCCCCUACGUGCAGGCCGAUGUCAAGAUGGGUCAGCGCUUUGACGGCGCAAUUGUUCGCCGUGUCGACCCCGAGGUGGGAGUGCUGCUGGAGGUUCAGCUCGGGGGUGAGGGGAGCGAGUCCCUGGAGGGCUACGUGCACAUCUCCAACGUGUCAGACGAGCGGGUGGAGAAGGUGGAGAAGGAGGUGGCAGUGGGGAAGGAAGUUUCGUGCCGCGUCAUUGGCUUCUCCUGGGCGGACGGUCUCAUCAACAUGUCGAUGAAGCCCUCGGUGCUGGCAGCUGAGGUUCUGCUGUACGACGACUUGACGCCUGGGGACCUCGUGAAGGUCAAGGUGGAGCGACUGAGCGAGGAGGGAUGCCUCGUAUCAAUCUCCGACAACGUUCGCGGCUACAUCCCCUCCUCUCACUUCGCUGACGUCGCUCUCGUCAACCCCGAGCGUCGCCUCCUUCCCGGCAAGAUGAUCAAGGCUCGCGUGUUGCGGGUGAAUCCACAGACGCGGCAGCUGCUGCUCACGCUAAAGAAGACGCUUGUCUCUAGCUCUCUUCCCCUCAUUGCCCGCGUGGAGGACGCCAAGGUUGGGAUGUUAUCGCACGGGGUCGUGUACAAGGUGCAGGAGAGCGGCGUGCUCGUGAGCUUCUUCGGGACGGCGAAGGGCUUCCUGCCUCGCUCCGAGCUUGGGAUCGAGCAGGAGGCUGAGCGAGUGGAGGACUGCUUCAAGCCCGACCAGGUGCUCAAGGUCCGGGUGCUGUCGGUGGAGGUUGAUCGGAAGAGGAUCGUGUUGAGCCUCAAGGCAGCCAAAGAAAACUCUCAGAUCAUCGCGACAAGCGCCAGACUCACAGUCGGGGAGUUGGUGGAGAUGGAGGUGGUGGAGAAGCAGGAGGAGGCGCUACUCGUCCGUGCUGCCAACGGAGCCGUGGGUUUUCUUCCUCGCCCUCACCUUGCGGAUCACUCGAACCUCGCGGCCUUGGCGUUUCAGCAGCUGCAGCCUGAAGCUCGACUGACUUGCCUCGUCCUCGACCUGCUGGCCAACAAGAGCCGGUACCUCGUGACUGUCAAGCCCUCCCUCCUCUCUGCCGUGCGCGAGGAGAACUUUCCCUCCUCCCUUGCCCAGCUGCAUCCCCAGCAGUUCUUGCAGGGUUAUGUCUUCAGCGUGAAGAGCUGCGGCGUUUUCGUGCGCUUCCUCGGGCGGCUGACGGCGCUGGCGCCCUCGAGCUCGUUGGCAGCUGGACAUGUCGACGACCCGCAGAGUCUGUUCGAGGAGGGGCAGAGCGUGCGCUGCUGCGUGGUGACGCUGAAGCCCUCCAUCUGCCUCUCAACCGACUCCUCGUUCCUCAAGAGUAUGGAGGCAACGGAGCAGCUGGUACUGGAGGCGCAGAUGAAGGGGGGAGAGAGCAAGCGGGCAGGGCAAGUGGUAGAGGAGCAGGUGGUCGAGGCUCUCUGCGUGGGCGUGAAAGGAAAGGAGCUUCACUUCGAGCUGCCCGGCAGCCUGGUCGGCGUCUGCCCUCCUCACCUGCAUGGACGCGCCAAGGUCACCACUGGCAAGCGCUAUAAGGUCUGCGUGCUGCUGAUCGAUAAGUUGCGGGAGCGAGUCUAUGUGGGGAUGGAGGACGAGCUUGUGGCUUCGCUGCAGGCCAGCAAGAAGGGGAAGGGGAAGGAAAAGGAGCAGGAACUCAUGCCUGCUGACUCCGUGCGGGGGAUCGUGCAGCUUGUGGGGGAGGAGCGAGUAGUGCUGUCUCUUCCUCAGAGCCGCAAACUUGCGGUCGCGUCGAUCGAAGACUUCAACGUCCGCGGAGAGCGCGCGCGCAAGCAGUUCGUCCCCGGGCAGAGCAUGGAUGUGCUCGUGCUGGAAGCGACAGGCGCUCCCGUCCUGGUCAUGAGGGCUGACAGUGGGAGCGGAAAGACCCAGAGAAGAGAAGGGCAGAAGGUGGAUGACGAGGAGCUGAUGAGGAAUGGAGAGAACUGCAAAGGAGCGCGGCUGACCAGCAUGGAGGAGGCUGAGCGCGGCAAGUUGGUGAAGGGGAUCGUACACAGUGUGAAGGCGACGCACGCGAACGUGCGACUAGGAGGAGGAUUGAGAGGCGUGAUCGACCUGCUCGACGCGAUGGACCCCGAGGAGAUGAGAGAGGGGAAGGAGAACCGGUUGAGCAUGCUCCAGCAAGGGCAGGCCAUCGACGCUCGGGUCCUCGGCGUCUUCUCCCCUGCUCGUGCUGGCCGAGACACCAGACUCGUCGCUCUCUCCAUCCGACCUUCAGAGCUCGCGCAGCCGGAGGAGACGCCGCUGACGAAGCGUCCGAGCCUGGAUGAGUUGAAGGAAGGGGAGGAGGUGGAGGGAAUGGUGGAGAAGGUGGAGGGCGACUGCCUGUGGGUGCACCUGGGAAGUUCGCUGAAGGGACGCGUGGAGCAGCUAGAUGCCUCGCGUGAGCUGACAGUGCUGGAGAACCUGAAGAAGAACUUUAAGGUGGGGCAAGGAGUGAGAGCGUCAGUGAUCGCCGUUGACGUUGGCAAGAGCCGAGUGGACCUGAGGCUGCUGGAGGAGGGAGAGAAGGGGAAGGAGAAGGGAAGCGGGAGGAAGAGAAAGAAGGGAGAGGAGGCGAUCCAGGUGGGGGAGGUGGUGCCUGCUAAGAUCGUGAAAGCUCGUCCUGGCUUCGGCUUCGUCCUCAAGCUCGGCCUCCACAGUUUCGGUCGCGUUCACAUCUGCGACAUCGCAGACGCGGCUGUCGAUGCUCCUCUCUCGCUCUUCAAGGUCGGCCAGCUCGUCCGUUGCUGCGUGCUGGAGGCUGAAGAGGACGGGUUUGCGCUCUCACUGCGGCCCUCGAGGGUAUCGGGGAAGAGACGAGGAGAGGAGGAGGAGGCGGUGCGGGAGCAUGGAGCCUUCCCUGAGGUCUCGUCGGUCAAGGAGCUCGCGGUGGGGCAGCUGCUGUCAGGCUACGUCAAGAGUGCAAGCUCAGCUGGAGUCUUCGUGCAGCUGGGGAGGCAGGUGACGGCGAGGGUGAAGAUCUCGGAGCUGUCGGACGGGUACGUGAAGGACGUCAAGGCAAACUUUCCUCCUGGUCGCCGCGUGUCCGGGCGAGUCAUAAGCGUGGAGGUGAAGAAGGAGCAGGUGGAUCUCUCGCUCAAGCGCAGCGUCGUGCUGGGGAAGAGGCGGGUGGGAUGGUCGGACCUGCAGGUGGGGCAGGUGGUGGCGGGGGCGGUGAAGAGCGUGCAGUCGUUCGGAGUGUUUGUGAGGAUCCGGGGGAGCGAGCUGGACGGGCUGUGCCACAUCUCCGAGGUCGGGGAAGAGUUUGUGCGGGACCUGAGCAAGCAGUUCAAGCAGGGAGACAAGGUGAAGGCAAAGAUCCUCCGCAUGGACCCUCAGCGAAAGACCAUCUCACUUGGCAUGAAACCCGAGUACCUGCAAGACGCGCCAGACGACAGCGAAUCUUCUGAAGACGACGAGGCAGAUCAAGUGAUGGCCAAGGAAGAGGCCGAGGCAGAGGAGGAGGAGGAGGAGGAGGAGGAGGAGGAGGAGGCGGCGGCGGCAAGACAUGACUCUGAGGUUUGUCAAGUGAAGAAUUUUCAUGUUGACUAA